UUUCAUUCUCAAUAGCAAACACUUUUGGAUUGUGAACCAGUUCCAAUGGCAACUAAGUAUCGGCAAGUAUAGAGAUUUGUUUAGCUAAAACCAUUUCUAUAGAAUACUUCCAUCACCAGGAAGACUGUAAUCCCAUCAUUAUGAAUGUCUUUGGUCUUCAAAUGAGUUACUCUCUUAUAGUGCCAGUGGAUGCAAAAGCCAAUAUAAUUCAAAUAAUUCAUGUUCAUAAUAUGUAUAUAUAUUUUUCAGAUUCUUGAACUAUGAAUGUGACUACUAUAGACUAUUUCAUUAUUAAAGGCAUUUCAGAUAUUCCAGCAUUGCAGUGUCUAGCCUUCAUUCUGGUUCUGCUGAUUUAUCUCAUCACUCUUACUGGUAACAUGACCAUUAUUCUAUUGGUGUGUCUGGAUCAUCAUCUCCACAUUCCCAUGUACUUCUUCUUGACCAACCUGUCCAUACUGGACAUGUGUUCAUCCACUAUCACCCUAAACAAUAUUCUCGUUAACUUUAUAUCAGGGGAUAACACAAUUUCUGUCUUUGCAUGCCUGACACAGAUGUAUAUGUUUGCAUCUCUAACAAGUAAUGAGCUUUUCCUUCUAACCGUCAUGAGUUAUGAUCGUUAUGUCGCCAUAUGUAAUCCCUUAUAUUACCAUGUCAUUAUGAGCCAUAGAAAUUGCACUUUCUUAGUCAUUUUCUGUUGGCUAUUGGGGUUUAUUCAAGUUUUUCCUAUUCUUAUGUCAUUUACAUUCUUCAAUUGCUAUAGGACCAGAGAAAUUAAUCACUUUUUUUGUGACCCUGUUCUUCUAGAAAACCUUCUCUGUAAUUAUUCCUAUUUUGUGUGGCUUUCCAUUCAUUUAGGGGGAGUUUUUGAUGCAACCUUCCCUCCUUUUUUCACCUUCCUUCCUUAUAUAUUUAUCAUUGUCACAAUCCUGAGAAUGAGCUCCAACACUAGCAGACAGAAAACCUUCUACACUUGUUCCUCACACCUCACAGUUGUCAUAUUCCUCUAUGUGACGCUGAUUUGCCAAUAUCUACGUCCAACAUCAGUUACUAACAUGGAAACAAAUAAACUUUUCUCUCUGUUUAAUACAGCUGCUGUCCCCAUGCUAAACCCAUUGAUUUACAGCCUAAAAAAUAAAGAUGUGAAGACCGCCCUGAAGCGCAAAAUAAAUUACCUGUCAGGUAUUUUGGUUGUACAUUCAUUUCCCACAACUAGAAAUGAGCAAAGUUGAAGAUGAACAGAAUUUUCUGCAAGAGUUUCAGCGAUAAAGUUUUGAGUUCCAUAAAAUGCUGCCCUAUAUUUAUAAUUCUGCAUUGAUGACAAAGGUGUCAGUUUAAUCUACACUGUGCCAGACUUCCCAGGACCCAUGCCUGCAGAGUGAAUGCUGCAAAAUAAGAGGUUAGAGGAGCUUUAGAUGCCACCCACCACUCUGCAACAAGGAGCUUGGAACCAAAAAACAGUCUGACUGACGUAUCAAUACAUUACAAACCAGAUGAUCUUAAAAGGGAGAAUACAGUCACCUGGGACAGCCUCUAUUAUCUACUGUACUUCAGAUAGGCUGAUGAGUAAUCACUACUCCUGUGCUACUGAUUCAGGAUAAUGCUCCAUGAACUUUAUACUGUAUUACAAUCUCCACAUACAUUGUUUCUUUGUGACCCUGCCAAAAACAGUAUGACAUUAAGCUUUGUCCAUGUCCCGCUGUUAGAGUUGUGGCAUGGUGAUUGGGACAUUGCUCCAGAAGGAACUGUGAAAAUUAGGGUAGAGUAGUAGGAUCUCUGAGCAGCUAUACAUGUGGUUUUUAAAAAAAUUCAAUUAUUU